UGAUUAGCCGCAUCCUAUAGUUAGACAUGUAACUUUAAAGGCGACAUGCAGCCAGUAAAUUUAAUUGUACAUAUUAUAACGUCGUUAAUACCUCGGAUGUGACUAAUGGCUCAUCUAUAGCCUGUGAGCCAGCUGGCCGAAGUUGGCAACCCUGAAAGCGGCGUUUGGGACAAGGGCUGAAAAAUGCAUCUUUGUACGGCACUAUAAUGUAGAAUCAACAUGAACCUGAAAUCAGCAGCACAGUCCAGAGGUGGACACACUGCAAUGGAGGUCCCUGACUCUGUAAAAGAGAGGAGAUUGUCUUCCAGAAAGUCUCUGAAUGUGCCAUCAUCAGACUCACUGGCCAUUCCUGUGAUUAAGGAGGUUAAAUCAGAGGAGGAGGAACAUACAACCCUGUCAGGAUCAUUUACUGAUUGUUUCCACAUCAGCUCAGUCCCCAUCCCAAAGCAGGAACCAUUUGAGGUUACCACUUCAGAGAACAGCGACUUGUGGGCUCUGCAGAUCUCGAGCAAUCCCAGGACACCCGUGACAGUGAUGCCCAUUGUGCAGUAUGCUGCCCAGUCGCCAGGUGGAAAGAAGUUUGUUUCCCUACCAGGGAGCAAUAUGGCUAUGCGAGCAGCCACCGGCGACAUGUCAACCUAUCAGAUUUGCAGCCCUACCUCCAGCCUGCCCCAUGGGGUGGUGAUGGCCUCAUCACCAGGGUCUGUACCCAGCCCACAGCAGCUGGCUGUGGAAGCCACACGCAAGAGAGAGCUCCGCCUCAUGAAGAAUAGGGAGGCCGCCCGGGAGUGCCGCAGGAAGAAGAAAGAAUACGUCAAAUGUCUUGAAAAUCGCGUGGCUGUGCUCGAAAACCAAAACAAGACUCUCAUUGAGGAGCUCAAAGUGCUAAAAGACCUCUACUGCCAUAAACCUGAAUAACACUGGAUUGUCUGGGACAAACAAAAGACUAUUAUAAGCAUUUCAGAGUGUACAGUGCUCAUUAACUGUAUGUGGUUGAGGCAAAACUGCUGUCGUCUUAUGGCCUAAAUUUUUGCAAAGACUUGCAGAUUCAGUUGUCCACGAUGGAAGAUAUUUCUGUUCAAACUCAAAGGAAGAGUCCUAUGUGUCAGUAGCUGCGUGUCGCUCCUCUUGCUUGUACUUCUUGCAGGGAGGCUGCAAAAAAGAGUCGGCAUUGGAAGAGGGAAUACAUGAAGUGUUUGGAAUCCUGUGUUUGUAUGCUAGAGGUCCAGAACGGGAUGCUCAGUGAUGAACUUGGUAUCCUAAACGACAUCUAUGGUUUGGACUCAUAUUAAAUAAAUGUGAAACACAAGGUAUUAUUCCUCAACUAAGAAAUACUUUUAGGCAAGACUAGGAAGACUAUGCUAAUGUAAAUAUUUCAAUUCUUAACUCUCAGUUCUUUACUAAUGUUGUCUGAGGGCAAUAUUAAGAAUGGCAGCAUCAUACAGAACAACCAGCAAAUGUGAAUUAAAUUGUGCCACCCAGUUAUGCGUUAUGCAUUAGAUUUCUAUAUUUAUGUUUUGAGCCAUCUGAAAAUUAACCAUAAAUCUUAAGUUAGUGAAGUAUGGCAUUCACACUGGCCUUGAUUUUGAGGAUGCCUGUAAAAAAUAAAUCAGAAUUCAAUUAAAAUCAGAACAUGCUAUUUAACUAUU